CCAUUGGUGUCAGGGACAGGACAACACACAGGACCCAGGCCCAUGUCUAACAUAAAGGUAGAAAGUGCUGGCAAAUUCUGACUUUGGCCACGGGCAUUUUAAACAGCAGUGAUCCAUGGCCCUAAGGGACCUUUAGUGAGGAUCCACAGAGCACUUUCCAGAAGUGACCCAUCCUAGGCCCCUGGGCUUCUCCCCUUGACAAGAACGUCCAAGCGAACUAUAGUUUACAGCGCCCAGGCACACUUGGAGGAAGUCCCCGUGAGCUCCCUCUGGCUCAUGGCAGGGUUCGGGAGAUCUGCCAGGGGCAUUCUAUUCCCAGCUGAACCAGAGGUAGACUUUUAGUCACCCUCAUUGCUUCAAAAAUACACAAAAACAGAACUCACGAUGUGAAAAGGGGACUGUGAUCCCCAUGCUACAGAGAAAGAUUUGAGGCAUGUGUUGCAUGUGUCAGAAGUCCACAGCCUGAGACUUCCCGAACACCUUCGGCCUUUGCACGCUGACCACGCCCACCCCAACCAACACACCAGGAAUCCCCAGGUCUCUUCUCCAUCCGGGACCAUACACUGUCUACAUCACACGGACAACCCCCACGGUCCGGUCCUCCCUGAGCCUGGGCAUGGGGUGCUGAGACGAGGCGGGGCGGGGCGGGGCGGCUGUAGGCUCCACCCCCAGCUCAGCCAGACUCAGCAAAGUUUUCCUCUAUUGCAGCCAGAGCUGUGCAGACGCCAGAGGAGCAACAGGAUGAAUGCAGGUUCCGACCCCGUGGUCAUCGUCUCAGCGGCCCGAACUGCCAUAGGCUCCUUCAACGGUGCCCUGUCUACUGUGCCUGUCCACGACCUGGGGACAACUGUCAUCAAAGAAGUCCUGCAGAGGGCCAAGGUGGCUCCAGAAGAGGUGUCCGAGGUCAUAUUUGGACACGUUUUGGCGGCAGGUUGUGGGCAGAAUCCUACUCGACAAGCCAGUGUGGGGGCAGGGAUCCCCUACUCGGUUCCAGCAUGGAGCUGCCAGAUGAUCUGUGGCUCAGGCCUAAAAGCCGUGUGCCUUGCAGCCCAGUCCAUAGCCAUAGGUGACUCCAGCAUUGUGGUUGCAGGAGGCAUGGAGAACAUGAGCAAGGUAAGUGCAGAGGUGCCCACCAUCCUCCUCAGCCAUGGUGCAUGUCCUGCUGAGGAGCACAGAAAGCGGCUCAGCCUGAACCCCUGCUUGAAUGGAUAUUCAUUGUUCUCCAGGUUGCAUGAGAAAUCCUAUGUGAAGAACAGCCUGUCAGCCAGGUAG